AUGGAGGACCCUUUUUGUAUUAUAGGGGACUUUAAUGAGUUGUUGAAUCAAGACAAUAAGUUGGGGGGGAAGCCUUUUUACUCGACGCCUUCUGCUCUUUCUCUCUCGCAACUGAUUGAUGAAUUUUAUUUGGAAGAAAUUAAAUUGUCUGGUUCUGCUUUUACUUGGUCAAAUCGACAGAAACCUCCCCAUCUGAUUCGGGAACGUCUUGAUAGAGCCUUCUGUUCACCACUUUGGUUGAAUAGAUUCCCUCUUACCUUCCUUACAAAAGGGGCAGCUUUGUGCUCUGACCAUAACCCAAUUGUUUUAAACACCUCUUCUUCUCGCCCAUCUUUUAAGAAGCUUUUCCACUUCCAAUUUGCUUGGGUUUCCCACCCCGAUUUUAAUGAUGUUGUCUCAAGUUUAUGGGAUUCGUCUUCGAUGGAUGCCCUUCCCUGUAGAUUGACAUCCUUCUCUAAUAUCCUGAAGCGUUGGAAUCGGGAUGUUUUCGGGCAUGUGGAUGUUCUGAAAAUGCGAAUCCUUGAGAAAGUUAGUUGUUUGGAGACCGAGGAUUUGUUUUCUGAAGACUUACAACAGGUUACUAAUGAGCUGAAAUGGGUCUUGGAUGCGGAAGAGGCCUUUUGGUUACAAAAGUCCAGACAAAACUAUAUUGUUUCUGGGGAUAGAAACACCAGGUUCUUUCAUACGGUUGCGAAGCAUCAUGUUAGGCGUCGCUGGAUUGACUCUCUGGUUUUGGAUAAUGGUGAGAGGGUUACUGAUCCGAAGGGUAUUGCCUUUGCUUUCGUAAACCACUUUUCCAAUAUUUUCACCUCGGCCUCGCCCUUGGAUGCGUCCUUUGUUGAGUGCCUUUUCCUGAAUUGCAUUACUGCUUCUGAGGCCUCUGUUCUUUGUUCUAUUCCUUCUCUUGAUGAACUUAGGGCUGCUGUUUUUUCUUUGGGACCUUUUAAGGCUCCAGGGGUCGAUGGAUUCCAGGCUUGUUUUUUUUCAGAAAUUUUGGGAUCAUAUUCAGGGCCCUCUCUUUCAGUUUGUCGAGCUAAUGCGGAGGAUUUUGAUACUGUUAAGGCUAUUUUGGAUUUAUUCUCGAAUCUCUCGGGCCAAGAAAUCAACUACUCAAAGAGUGGUUUAUUUUUUAGCAGGAAUGUGCCUGACUCUCAAAGGGUUGUGUUGGGUAGGAUUUUGGAUUGUCCACUUGGAAAGCUAACCAUCGCUCGUUUGCAGGACGUGAUGUUCUUAUUAAAUAUGUGA